GGUACAUGCCCACAUCCCAAAACAAUUGGUUCCAAAAUUCAUUAACAAUUUUAAGGAAGGUUCAGUUUGGGCUGUUAAGAAUUUCUUGGUCAUCAACAACUUCUACACGUACAGGACAACCCCUCACAAGUACAUGAUCAAGUUCAAUUACCAGACUAUAGCUAAGCAAUUCAAAAGAAUUGAGUUUCCAAGUCAGAUGUUCCGUCUCACACCAUUUGAGGCUCUAAAAGUUGAAGGUGUUAAUGAUAAGCUGUUGUGGAAAUCAGAUUAGGUGUACUCUAUGGGAUGAUCAUGUUGGUAAGAUUGAGCCAUUUUUUAAUGCAAGUAGUCAUGAACCAAUGGUGGUGAUCUUGCAGUUCUGUCGAAUUAGGAGAGAUGCCACGAAUGGCGAGGUGAGGCUUUGCAGCUCAUAUGAUGUGACACAAGUCCUUAUUAACCAGCAAUCUAAAGAGUUUUUGGAGUUUAGGGAGAGUUUAAUUCUUCGUGGUGUGCAAACACCCAUGAGGAGCAUUGAAUCCUUUCCAAUGAUGGAGCAGACCCAAUGUAAUGCUCAAGAUAUGAAAACUAUCAGUGAAAUUUACCAAACCAGAGAGUAUGGGGACUACUGGGUUGCAGCUAGGAUAGUUGCUAUAGAGGAUUCUGUCAAUUGGUAUUACAGUUCAUGUAGAGCUUCUGGCUGUAACAAGAAGCUUGAGUCAAAAGGUGGGCUAUAUUACUGUACAAAGUGUGAAAAGAGCUGUCGAGAAGGUAAUUUGAGAUACAGGUUGAAGAUCAGAGUUGCAGAUCUAGAAGGAAAUGCACCUUUUCUCCUUUGGGACAGAGAGUGCAAUCAGCUAUUGGGAAUUUCUGUUGCAGAGUUGAAGUCAAGGCAUUCAAAUGCAACUCAACUGAUCCCAUCAGAAUUACAAUCCUUGGUUAAACAGUGCAUGCUAUUUAGGGUGGUCGUUAGGAAAGAACAAUUUGAGAAUCUCGACAACGUAUUUUCUGUCAUGAGGAUAAACACUGACCAAAGAUUGAUUCAAGUGCAUGCACCAGAGCUUCUGCGCAUUCCUGACAAGUAUUUGAGCUCCAAAGUUGACCAAAUGGUGGAGGAUGAUGAUUUUGAGGAGGAAUUUGUUGAGGUUGAUGAAGGGGAAAAUCUUCUUGGGGUUGGUGUUGCUUGCAAUCAAGAUGAUGUGGGUGAUAGUUCAGUUGUAAAGAGGCGCCUUCUAGACAAGUCUUCAUCAACCCAGACAUCAAAGAACAAAGGGAUUAAGGAGGAAAGUGAUUGA